GAUUAAGUAGUGAGAAGACUAAAUAUCCACCAUGAUGAGGGUACACACAUUGGUGCUGGGUGUCCUGGCAAUACUCACCUUGGCUCACUGUUCACAGAUCCGAUAUGAAGGCUACAAGGUAGUGAGGGUUGUUCCACAGAAAGGUGAACAUUUGUUGGCUCUCAAAUCUCUUCAAGAACAAACCGGGCAUGAUAAGAUAGAUUUCUGGAUCGCGCCUCGCCAGGUAGGUGUACCCGUAGACAUCAGUAUAGCCCCAGCGCUGUUUCAGCAUCUGUAUGCCUCCUUCACUUUGUGGGGAAUCUAUCCCGUUGUCCUCAUUCACGACCUUCAGGAGAAGAUAGACGCCCAGAAACAACAUGUCCAAAUUGGUACAGAGGCUGACUUCGAAUAUAACAAGUAUCAUCGUCUAACCGAGAUUGAGUCGUGGAUGAAGAACAUCACUGAUACGUACAGCGACAAAGCUUCAUUGUUUGAAAUAACGAAAUCCUACGAGAAUCGUACCAUUAAUGGCAUUAAGAUCAGCACCAAGAACACUCCUAAUCCUAGACCAGCAUUCUGGAUGGAAGGAGGGAUCCACGCUCGGGAGUGGAUAUCACCAGCCACUGUUGUAUACAUGACAGCACAGAUGCUGGACACAUACGACAGUGACUCGGCUAUGAAAGAAUUUGUUGACAGCUAUGACUGGUACAUACUCCCUGUCUUCAAUGUGGACGGAUACGAACGCACCUGGAACGGGGACCGGAUGUGGAGGAAGACUAUGUCUAAACACGGAUUGUGUACCGGAGUGGAUCCGAACCGAAACUGGGAUUACAAAUGGUGCGAGGAGGGAGCAAGUAAAGACCCGUGUUCUGACCUAUACUGCGGUCCUAAACCAUUCUCCGAGGUCGAAGUCAAAGGAGUUGCGGACUACAUCAAGACAAUCAAAAAUGUUAAAGGAUUUAUCGAUUUCCACAGCUAUUCCGAGCUUUGGAUGAGUCCCUGGGGGUGGACAACUGAGCUGCCAGAGGAUUAUAAAGAUUUGGACGCCGGGGGGAAGGCCGCUUGUGACGCAUUGGAAGCCGUCCAUGGAACAAAAUAUGAACACGGCAGUAUUGCUAACAUAAUAUACGUGUCAAGUGGCAGCAGUGCAGACUGGACGUACGGAGACCGGAAAAUCAAGUAUUCAUAUGGAGUUGAGCUGAGGGACAAAGGUCAGCACGGAUUCCUACUGCCAGAGGACCAGAUUCUUCCUUCUGGUCAGGAGACAAUGCAAGCCGUUAUAGCGCUAGCUAAAUUCAUCACUGAAAAUCCAUAAAUAUCAUAGGAUUAGUGACAUCAGAAUUAUCUGGUGGAAAUAUUGGACUUGUGGAGAAGAACCAGAAAAUGAAGACGUGAUGUUCUGCUCAACCGAAAAGUAGUCACAGAGGAUAAUUCUUGUUGGGAUUAAUAUGAAGACAAUUUUAGGUUAAUGUUUUAUGAUAUACCGAUGAUGUUAAGAAAGUUAUUGGUAUUUGAUCGAUAUAUGUUUUUUCCAAAGUGUACCAACGUGUUAGUUACAUGAUUUCCAGUCAGUUUACUAAUUAAUAUACCAUAGCAAAAAUACAGAUAAUUUAUUGUACAGUAAUUUUCAACUGUAUAUUGAUUUUGUUUAUUAGUUUGUUGCAUAAUAAAAUGUUUUGAUUUGACA